UUGUUCCAUCUCGUUGCACUAAACAAGCUAAAGGGGAAGAGGAAGGGAAGCCUGGGCUUUUCAGGCAGCUGGGUCUUUUCUGAAUUCCAUGUUGUUAUGGUAAUUCUCUAUACAAAUGACCUUAUCAGCAAGGAGGGAUAAAACGGGCAUGCUCCAUAUGUCACAUCCGCUCAACGUUCCAGUCAGUCACUGCUACAUCCAGAGCUCCACGGUAUUCUUUGUUCAUGGCAAUGGCAUCUUUUGGGAUCCCAUGUCUUCUGUGCUGGGUGCUCACUUGUACAUCUGUGGUUGCUUUACUAAAUGAGAAGGCAAUUGGAUCCCAUCCAGGAACGGGGAGUGUCAUCCCAGCUGAAACUCGGCCUUGUGUGGACUGUCAGGCAUUUAAAUUUAUGCAACGAGCCCUGCAAGACAUAAAGAGAGCUGCCUACAACUUGGACAGUCAGGCUGACACGCUGCUGCUGAGGGCUGAGCAGAGACGCCUGUGUGACUGCCCCCUAGUGACUGCAGAAAAUCCCAGAGGAAGAACUUUCUGAUGGACUCCUGUCAUUCGGCGUGAUUAAAUGGAAUCUUAAUCUGUGGUAUUUGCUUAUGUAGCAGAAAGACUUGCUUAGGUU